AUGCUGCCGAACUUCUUCGUUGUAGAGCUUCAUGCUGUUGAACUUCCAUUUGCUUCUGCCAGGAAUCGCGCCCCAAACAUGACCGGCCCUAGAAUGAUUCAACCUUACCCAGAACCUUUUCUCGGGUUUGCCGAUGAACAAGUUCAUACAAAAUGGUACAUAGAGCUGUUGACAACCUUCGAAACAUCGGAUGCCUAUCGAACCGUGACAGUACGAUACCUCAUAGUUGAUGCAAACUCGUCCUACAAUGUCCUUCCCAAGUCACUAAGGUUGGUCCAAGAACAGAUUCAGCAGAAUGCAGACCUACUUGCCUGCCAGAGUUCUCUCACCAAACUUGCUCCUCUUGAAGCAGUGCUCUUUGAACUAGAUGGAACUAUAUGUGAAUCCCUUCAGGUUCAUACCUUUGUCUUGAGGAACAUGCUUCAAGAGAUGGGUUUCAAUGCUGAUACGGUAACUAAAGAAUUCCUUUAUGACAUUGUUGUUGGCAAAACCAAAGAUGAAAUAGCCUUGUCUCUCUUUCCUGAUGAUCUGCCACGACGUUUAAAGUUUAUGGAAGAUGAGGAAGCCCAGUUCCGGAAAGAGGUUACACAUGUGUGGACUAAGGAAGGCUUUGGAAGAAUGAGAAGAUGGAUUGAAAGACGUAAGUUUAAGAGAGCUGCAGUUACCAAUGCUUCAAGAGCACAUGCAGAGUUCAUUAUCUCCAAACUUGGCCUCUCAGAUUUCUUUGAUGCUGUUAUUACUAAAGACGAAUGUGAACAUGGCAAGCCUCAUCCAGAACCCUACCUGAAAGCUCUUGAAGCUCUCAAGGCGUCAAAGGAUCACUCGUUAGUAUUUGAGGGUUCUUUUCCAGGGGUCAAAGCUGGAGUUGCAGCUGGGAUGCCUGUCAUUUCUUUGGAUUUUAAGGCACCAUUUGAUCUUUUGAUGGAAGCAAAACCUGCAUUUGUCAUUAAGAAUUAUAAGAAUCACAAAUUCUGGGAUGCUUUGUAUGAACUUGAAAAGGCUGGUAGGGCUCCUUCAGUUUGA